AAAAGUUGAAUUUCAUUUGUGGUUUACAAAUACAAACUUUUGCCUCCAGCCGUUCUUGAAAGGAUCUUAGAAUUUAAUAAUAGUUUUUAUGGAUACAGGAAACGAAGGAAAUUGCUGUCACAGCAAGAAAUCUCAAGUGGUUAUUGCAACAAAAGAUAUCACUAAAAUGCCAGGUGUUGAACGAGACAAAUUUGAAGAAAUUUUAACGCAGAAUGAUAUGAUAAUUGAUGAUAUGACAAAAAUGAAUGGGAAAAAAUCUUUGACAAAAAUGUUGCAGCAACAACAGUUGGAUGAGGAAAUCUGUUGUAACGACAGUGUGGAAAGAGUAAACUGUCGAUUGGACAGAUCCAUUUUAAAGAGACGAAGACAAUCGAUUGAACGACCAUCAUUCACAAAUUUGGAAUAUGAACAAUUGCGCCUGGAAUGUACUCUGUUACAAGACAAACAAAAAAGUCUUCAGGACGACAAUGAGAGUCUAAGGAUGGUCAACAAAAUCUUGCGGAGUAAUUACGAUAUGUUGAAAGAACGUUUGGAACUAGUGCAAUCGGAACAUCAAUUAAGGUUAACACAAUUGGAUCAUGCCACUCAGAUCCUUAAAAGUGCUAGUACAAACAAACGUGUCCAUUCCAAUCAAUAUGACGAUUGUCUCGAAUCUUCAGCAUCGAACAAACGUCGAAGGUUUGAGGGUAAUGGAAGAGACAAUGAUUUGCAGAUUGUUUUGAGAACGAGUUGUGCAUCUACGGAAUUCUCCAGUGACGCUAGCAAUUCCAGUGGCAAUGACAGAUGCACGAGUGAAACGGAAGACUCCGAGCAUUCUGAUACUAUGGACAACGAUGUGAAUGGAACGGAAGACUCCGAUCAUUUCAAUUCUAAUGACGAGGAUAUGAAUGGAACGGAUUCGGAAGACGAUGACGUAGAAUUCAUCCCAACUAUUUCCGAACCGAUUUCAAUUGAUUCGAGUGACAUCAGUGACGUAAAUGACGACUCUGCCGCUGAUGAAGAGAAUGAAGACGGCAGAUCGGAAAACCUCGACAACGAUUCGUGUGCAGAUGAAUCACUGAGCGACGAUUUUCUGAAACCACUAUCAGAAUACUCGAUUGUAAAGAUUCCAUUGAAUGUCUCUCAGAAUCAGACACCAAAGCGAGAUCCAGCGGAAUGAUGAGACACUGGUUCGUUGGAGCUCUUGUAUUUAACUUGGCGUCUAAAUUUGACUAUCUGAUGUGUGGAUGCUAGGAUCGCGCCGUCAACAUUGGCGAAACAUUUUACACGCAGACAUUAGGAUUUCUGUACUUUUUUGUGGGAACUUUAUCACCGUUUCUUUUUCCAAUUAAAAGUUUGCUCUAAAAUGUUAAA